AUGGCAGCAUCAGUGGAACGUACUACAAGCCGGUUGAUACUUGUGACAUGGCUUAUUACAAUUCUUAUCGCUAUAGUAGAAGCGUCAGGCAUUUCCGAUUUAAGGCUAUGUGGAGAUGCUAAUUGUGGAAAAAUUAUAUCCUAUGCCCGAGCUUUAGGUAAAUACAGACAAAAUGAUCCCAUCUUCUUGAGCUUUGAAAGAGAUGAUAUAGUGCAUAUCUUAAGUAAAUCAGCGGGUCAAAAGCCAGACCUUUGGGGAGGAGAGGUCCAUGGAAGGAAAGGUUACUUCCCAAGGUCAUUUGUUAAAGAAUACAAAGUUGAUAUACCCAACCCUCAACAUGUAGUAAAAACAGAGAAGGCAUUAUCAAUCGAGGAACGAAUGAGAAUGGAUGAGAAUGAGGAUGAUACUGAACUUGGAGAUGAUGCUGAUCUUGGAGAUGAUACUGAACUUGGAGAUGAGACUGAGGUUGGAGAUGAUACUGAAGUUGUAGAGGAAUCAAAUGACUCAGAUGGUGUCGAGAAAGAAAAAGCACAGAAUGCUUCAUCAGAAGAAGUGGUAGAAGCUGAUGAUACAGAAAUAGAUGAGACAGAGAUAGGAGAUGAAGGUGAUGCUGGAGAUGCUGCUGAAGAAAGUGCAGAUUCCACAGAGAUACCAUCAGAUAAAACAAUAGAGGAAGAAAGUGAUGUUAUUGAUUUUGAACAUAUCAAAGCAAAGAAUAUCUUAGAUCAUAUCAAUGAAUUUGAUGAAGAUAUAUUUCCAAUACUUCUUGAUGAAGACAAUGCAGAAAAAAUCAGAAUUGAAGAGUUGAACAAAAUUCUGUUGAAUAAAUCCCCUUCACCAGAUGAAGAAAAGGUUGUGGAGAGCCUCUCUGAGAAAAUGGAGAUAACACAAGAAGCAUCUGCAUCAUCCUCUGAUACAGAUUCAACACAGCAAGCAACUCCAACAUUCCAACAUACACAGUCACCACAGGAGGCAGUUGAUACUCUCCAACACUCUGCUAAUGAGGACAAACCUACAGAGGAAGCUAAACAGGGUGUUGGAGAGGCAGUUAAGACAAAAGAGGAUGACAUUGAUGAAACAGAUAUUGGAGGAAAUGAGGAUGAGGAUGAAGAAUCAGAAGUCAUAGCAGAGGUUAUAGCAAGUUUAAGGAAAGUUGAACAAGAUGCUAGCACUGGAGAUGACAGGAGUCUGACUCCAUCAGAUGAAGAAGUUAAUGUCUCCUCCACAGAGGAUGGGGCGAAAGAAUCUCCUAAAUCUGAGGACUCAGAUAUAUUAGAGUCUACAUCACAAGAAAGUCCUACUGCUGAAGGACAGGGUAUCCAGAAGGAGGAAGAGAAUGUGAAAAAAGCUGCAGGUACUGCUCAAACAGGUCAAUAUCAUGAGACAAAACCUUUAGAUUCUAUUCAGUCACAAGUAGAUAAUACAAUGAAAAAAGAAGAAAAAGCAGAAAGCAAACUGGAUGAGUCAGCAGCUGAAGACAGAUUUUCAGACCAGCCAAUUGGGGGAGCUGGAGAGAUGGAACAGCCAGCACAAGGGGGUAGAGUGGUAGAAGAGACUGCAGAUGGAGUCAAAGUAGUGGAACAGUCUGAUGAGGGAGUCAAAGUGGUGGAACAGCCUGCAGAGGGAGUCAAAGUAAUAGAACAGCCUGAUGAAGGAGUCAAAGUAAUAGAACAGCCUGAUGAGGGAGUCAAAGUGGUGGAACAGCCUGCAGAGGGAAUCAAAGUUGUGGAACAGCCCGAAGCAAAAGGACAGCUUGAAGUAUCCAAAGAUAUAAAAGAGUCUGCAACAGAAGAGGCAGAAGUAAAGAGGGAAGUCAUAGAGGUGGAACAGGCACAGGAUCAACAAGCAGAAAAAACAGUAUCUGAUAAAAAUAUGGUGCAAUCAGAAGAAAAACUACACAGUAGUUCAGGAGUUGAAAGUCAAGUAAACGAAGAUGCAAAAGGAAGUGAAAGAGCAGACAAUAUCAAAAGUUUGGAGGGAAACGAACAGAUUUUACAAUCGUCAGACAGUGUUUCAUCUGUUACACCAGCAGAAGAACCAGAUGCCCAACCAGGAUACACUGUUAUAGAUGGAACACCUUUUCCUCUUGACAUGCUUGAUGAGACGGUCAUGGACAUCCCUUCUCCUGUAAUUGAAGAACUCAGAACACAAAUACCAGACCAGUCCUCACCACUGCUAGAUAUUAAGCCAACUGCAUCAUUUUCAGAAUCUAUGCAAACAUCUGUAGCUCCUGUCAUGGAUCCUUCCCAGUCCUUAAAUAUGGAUAGUCAACUGGAGGUCCCACCUUUCCAGGAACCUGUUCAUUCUGCUAUUGAGGAAUCCAUAGCUCAGCACCCAUCCUUCACUGUGAAUGAAGCGAAUAGCCUUUCUUCCAGUGAGACAACUUCCUUGUCAGAUACGCACUUACAUAGCUCUCAUACAACACAUGAAUCACAAAGUGAAAUUGUGUCAGAAAAUUUACACGCCUCUGUGAGCAUAUCUGAACAACUUUUGUCAUCAAUGGAUGUUAGUGUAAAUAUUGAAGAAAAAAGUACUGAAGACAUUGUCUCAAACAGGGAUACUGUACAACAGAACAUUUCGCAAGCAGACUCUUCAGAAACAAUGGUUCCCAAGCCAGACUCAAAUAAGGAUAUCUAUGCAACUGCAGAUUUCCUCUCAAGAAAAGUGUUGUCACAUGAUUGGUCACGCGGCAAUAUGCCACCAGCUAAUGGACAGUCUCAGAAUGAAGCCAAUGUUCCCCAAGUUAGUCAAGGAAGUCCAGGGGAGCAAGGUCAGACAGAAACUGUAACAAAAAAUUAUGACAGCUCUGCAGCACAGAAUGCUGACACUGAGACUAUCCAAAAUCUUCAUUCAGACGGAGACCAAGGUGUCACUCCAACUACCACAGAUUCUCCCAAUGAUAUACCUCCACCACCUGUGGAUGGUAAACCUACCGCAACAGUACAUCCAUGGGAGCAGGGUACCACAGAGACUCCAGAGAGAGAAGAGUUGGCAGGGAAGGGAGGCGAUUACAACACAGAUUCUCAGUGGUCACGCAAAAUUAGCGAUGAAGGUAUAGAAGCACAGGAAGACAAGGCAUAUCAGGCAGAUACCUGGUGGGUCAGAACUGUCAGGAGCUUGGAUGCAAGACUCAAGGUGCUGGUGGUCAAGUUACCCCCCUCAGUGCAGUCUCUGCUGGAACAAGAACCACUAGGUCUGUCCCCACAGAUGGCUAUCUUUGUUACCAUGGUGAUGACAUUCACAUUAUUUACUGUGACUUGCUGCGGGUUGUUCAAGGGUAAAAAGUCAAAGAAAAAGGAUCCUGUUUUGGUUGUCCGAAGCCUAGAGGAGCAGUUGUUCAUCAUGACGAAGGAAAAAGAAAAUUUGGAGGACGACUUACAGAGUACGAAACAAAAGGUAAAAGAUCUGGAGAAGGACCUGACUGUACACCAGUCCUCAUCCGGAGAUCUAGAAACAGAACUCCAAAACCACAAGCUGCAUGUUGAUGUUCUGAAACAAAAGUUAGGAAUCCUGGAACAGGAGAGAGAUAAAUUGACUGUGGACAUUCAACAAAAGCAACAAGAUGCACUGUCAGAACAUGAAAGUGCCUCAGAGCUCCAUAAACAGAUCAUACACAAGGAUAAAAUGUUGGAGGAACUCCAUGAUCUGCAGGAAAAGACAAAUGAAAAACUAUCAGAAACAAAUAUGGAGUUGGAAAAUUAUACAUCACACCUACAAGGUGCAACUGAACAAGUACAACACUUGGAAACCAGGAAGCAACAGUUAUUGCAAGAAGUCGAAGGUUGGAAAGAAAAUGCUCAGGACCUGACAGAUCGUCUAGAUGUUUAUGUGCUGGAACAAAACAAGAUGCAAGAGGAACUGGCCUUCAAACAGAAUGAGCUGGAGGUAAAAGCUUCACUACAUGCAUUAGAAGAGGAGAAAUUGACAUUACAGAACAAAGUGGAUAUAGAGAUAGAAUGUCGCCAGGAGAUGGAAGAACAAAUUGCCUGUCUGCAGGCAAAACUUGAAAGUUUCCAAGCUGACAAAAUGAAAGCUGACAGACAGUGUCAUGAAGCCCAGACCAAACUUAAUGUUUUGACUCAUUAUUUCAAGGAGAAAGAGGUUCAACUACAACGAGAGUUAGGGGAGCAGGAAGCACUGAAAAAACAGAACAAGAAUAAGCUAGAACAUGCUGAUGAAAGGAGUAAGAUGGUGGAGGCAGAGUUGGAAACAUACAGGGCACAAGUUGAGGAUUUAAAGAAGGAAAUACUCUCAGCUGAGAGAGAUUUCAGAUCUCAGAUUGCUGCUAAUGAAAAGAAAGCUCAUGAAAAUUGGCUGGCAGCUCGGGCAGCAGAGAGGGAACUGAAGGAAUCGCGACAUGAUGCCACUGUAUUGCGUCAAAAAUUGACAGAGCUAGAGCGACGGCUACAACAUGGGCCGAGUGGACUUCUACGGCCGUUACCAACCCGAGGUAUGCCACCACCAGGUAUGAAUGGACCACCCCCUGGGGUGGACAGGCCAGGCUCCCGUGGAGGAGGGCCACCAGGACCCGCAGGCAUGAGGGAUGGAGAUUUCCUUGGUUCCCCAGGCCCAGAACGGAUGCCACCACCUCCUAUGCAUGACCGACGAAUGCCACCUCCUGGAGUGAUGGGCCCUAGGAUGCCACCUCCACCAAUGGAUGGCCGUUCACCACCUCCUUAUGACCGGAGAGGACCACCUCUUCCAGACAGAAGGUCACCACCUCCUUAUGAACGUGGGCUGAGGAUGCCUCCACCCCCUCAUAUGGAUCGUAGAUCCCCAGGCUAUAGAAUGCCCCCACCAGAUAUGCUUCCUCGUAUGAGGGGUCCUCCUCCUCCUCCACAUCUACGUGGAGGGCCAACUUCUCCUCCUCCUGGUAUGGGAAUCCCUCCUGAUGGUAGACCGGGUUCCGGAAUUCACCCUUACCCUCCCCCUCCUCAAGGUCACGACCCAGACCACAAGCCAAGACAGCAAAGUCAGGUGUGAGGCUACCUUAAUAUUCUCGUAUAAUGGACAAGUUAUGGACUGCCUUGAAGAAGCAGCAGAGAUGCAGGAUUAUCAGUCAAAUACACAACAAUUAUGUCAACGGUGGAUAGAACUAGUAUAACAUGUUAUAUCAGUAACUGUUUAUGAAAUGUGAUAACUUAGUAAGCAUCUGUCCAUGUUUGUGAUAUAGAUACACCCUGUAGUGAUAUAAAAUGUAGUUUAUGUGUCCAUGUCAUAAACACAGGGAUCCUUACACUGGGCUGUUGCAAUAUUACCAAACUGUCUCGAUCUCAGUUACAUACUGGUCCUCUAUAGAGGAUAUUUGGGUGUGUUCAGACCCCUAACACUUGUACCUACUUCUGGGAACUGAAAUAAGUUGAAUGUGUUUAACACAUAGAGAAAUCUAAAAUUACAUGUGCUUCAUCAAUAAAUCAGUGGGAUGAUUUGGAAGGAAGAUAACUCAUACCAAUCAUGGUUUUAAAAAUGGAAAUAGCUUGAUAUUUGGAGAGAUAACCAUAUCAGUCCGAUCCAGCUAGCUUAUUUGAGGGGACAUAACUCACACCAAUCAUGGUUUAUAGAUGGUGCUUGGUUUACUUGAAGGGGAGAUAACCAUACCAUUUGGUGCAUUAACAGAUCCAGCUUAGUUAAAUGGAAUAUAGACACAAUCCAUACCAGUUGUGUUUUAUAUGAAUAUUUCUCACUUGUAGUAACAGAGUUUGUGAAAUAAUAUUUUAGCAGAUUUAAGGUAUUCGAGUAUACAUAAUCUACUUGUCAUAACCAAUCAGAGAACUUAAAUUGAUAUGUUCUCUUUAAGUUGAAGAUGCCUCAAUUUGCAGGGUCUGUCCUACAUAACAGAGAGAAUUCAAUGUUUUGAAGUAGUCCCAAUGUUUGUUACAGCAGUAUAUAUCUUUAUUUUGAAAACAUUUAAAGUGUAAUAUUUUCCUGUAAUACUUUCAUAUUUAAAGUAUCCCAGGAGUUUUACAGUUAUGCUUUAAUAAGUCUUGUGAAAUAUUAGUGGUAAUCUUAAUAUUAUAUAUUCCCACAGUACUUUGCACAAAUCCCAUGAAGUUUCAGUUGAAAUUAUGUCCGCAUAAUGGCUACUCGCAAAAAUUUACCCCCCAUUUAAUUAUAUGGGAUUUUACUGUGAUGACAUUCCUUUGUAUAUAAAUCAGACUGAAUUUGAGUCAAGUGCUGUCCUUUGUAUGAGGGUUUACUAUUAUGGUACACAAAGCCAUAGGCUGCAAAAUCAAAUUACCAAGAAAAUGAUUGAUAAUUGCCACUGAAUGCAUUUAAAGAUCAAUAUGGUGUAUUGGUAGCUACCAGUAUUUUAUAAGCAGGCACGUGUUAGUUUUUUUUCUGGUGUCCACUCAAGUCUAGUCAUAUGUUUACUUCAAUGAAUCAAGAGCUACCUUAGUAUCAAACGCUUGAAUAUAGAAUAAAACCUGUCUAUUAAGACCAUCCAAGGCAGAACAAACACCAUAGGUAGACUUUGUGGCAUUCAUAUCAGGUUCAUAUAUCAAACAUAAUUCUGUUUAUCAUCCAAGGAAGUUGACCUGUUAGUGAUACAAUGUUUGGUACUUUUUUUGGAAACAUAUUAAAUAAGUAUAUUUUACACUGGUUUAUAGUGGUGUCGUAGCUAUUCUUCAUAAAGAGAUUUCCUUUUCUACUUUCAAAAGGUUGAAUCCACAAUAAAUCACAGAUAGAAUCAUUCUUCAAAACCUUUGUCAUAUGCAUUGUAUAUAUUUGGUAUAAAAGUAUAUAUUUUGUACAAAUGUAUAUAUUGAUAUUCACUAUUUAAAUCAAUCAACUUUCUGAAUUUUAAAUUUGAUUUUCUUUGAAAUACAUGUAUAUACCAAACCUUCUUGUACUCAUUUGUAUUGCAGGAAGUGUAUCUGAGCUUUGUAUAGUAAUCUGUAAAAUACACAAGUGUUCAGAGCUGGACUCUUAGUUAAAAUAAUACACUGUAUUAUACAUAGUACUAGUCUCCAUGUGUCAUUUCAUUUUACUGUCAGAUCAACAAUACAUUUUACCCGUUAUUAAAGUGUUAUUACUGGUAAUUAAUAAAUGUGUUUACAGUAAUGAAUAUAGGUUUGUUUGAUAGACUUAAUGUCUUGAAUCAGGUGGAAAAACUUGUGCAGCAUGCUCAUUAGUUUUGGAAUCAUCAGUUCUGCAUUGUUAAUUGACUUUAAAUGUUUGUUGCAAAAUGUUGAACUUGUUUGUGGGGAAACACAACUUAUUUAUUAUGCUUCCAGAACAUCAGUGGCCAAAAUUUGACUUGAUACAUAUAUACAUAGUAUGUUUAAGAGCUUAUGUUCAUUUGUCAAGGGUAAAAUUUCUUGUAUACCAAAUGCUAUUGAAUCAUAUCAUGCAAUUUUGGACAGAUGGAUGUGGUCAUCAGGCUGUAAUUGAUAUAAAACUGCAAUAUAAUUGUGGAGGAGCUUUAGUAUGUACCGUGGUUCGUGAACCUGGUCACUGAAGUGUCAGGCUAAUGAGACAAUCGUCUACAUUAACAAAUAGCCUUUGUACAAGGUCAUGUACAUUUUUUGGGUUGCCUCAAAAAUCUGCAUCAUUAUGCAUGAUUACAAACCAUGUACUGGUAUUUUUCUGUAAUGUAUAUAGCUAAAAAUAUAUAGUACUGGUUCAUGUUUUAGUAAGAUUCUUUUGCAGAAAAAAACCAAGAAAAAGUAGAACAUUGGAUACAAUAACAUUAAGUAGGUGGCAAUCACAGUAUAAACAGAUGUAUGUUCUGUAAAUGCGAAUGUGUUGUGUUUAAACUGAGUAGAAUGUGUAUAUAGAAAGUGCAUAGAUAUUUAAAGGCCAAGGUCUUGAGUACUUGGUUUGAUUAGAAAGGGUUAUUCAGUUAUAAUUGUAAGGAAUAAUUUUUAUUUGAAUGAAUGAUCUACAAAUUUUUAGACGGAUAUGUUUGAGUUGAUGAUUGAAGUAGUAAUGAAUACUUAUUUCUGUAUGUGAGGAUAAAAGGCGGUUUAGUGUUGAUGUUCUUAGGUCAAAAUGAAAACAUGUUGGACUGAAAACAUGAUAUUUUAGUUAUUUCUGUUUUCAAAGAAAAAAUAAAGAAUGAAAGAAAUAUGAAUAAAUUCACAUGUGACAGUAAAA